AUGGCUAAUCGGUACAAAAGAGUCCUAGGUGCCAUGAUCUCCCCUGCUCAGUCAGCUUUUAUUUUGAAUAGGGCAAUUACUGAUAAUAUAAUUAUUGGCCAUGAAUGUCUUCAUCAUAUUAGGAAUCAAAAAACUGGAUCAUCGGGGUUGGCUGCUUUAAAAUUGGAUCUUAGCAAGGCUUUUGACAGGGUUGAAUGGACUUAUAUUGAGAGAUUGAUGCUCAAGUUUGGUUUUGCCAGAGAUUGGGUGAAUCUGAUUAUGCGUUGCAUUUCUUCCACCAGAAUUUCAAUCAUUCUAAAUGGCUCUCCGACUGGUUCUAUGAUUACCACUCGAGAUGCUAAUGCUACUGGGCGUCUUCAUAGCCUAUCAUUUGCUCCYUCUGGUCCCCUUGUCUCUCAUUUGCUAUUUGCAAAUGAUAGCUUAAUAUUCUUUAGAGCUAAUGAACUACAGUUUUUGGCCUUGAAGGACCUUCUGUCGGUGUAUGGGACGACAUCCGACCAAUGUAUUAACUUUGCAAAAUCAGCCUUAAUUUUCUCUCCAAAUGUCCACAUUCUCAGGCAACAAUUCCUUCCAUCUCUCCUAGAUGUUGUUCUUGUCAAUGAUUUUGGAAAUUAUUUUGGCCUACCUUCUUCGUUCUCUCGAAGGAAAGGACAAGAUUGGAGGUUCCUCAAGGACCGGAUUUGGAGGGUUAUGCAAGACUUAGGAGCAACCGACCACGUAGCUAAAGAUCGUGGGGUGUAUGUGGAAUUUCGUCGAAUUCCAUCAGGAGCUAGUUGGCUGUAUGUAGGAAACAAUGCCCGUGUGCCUGUAAAGGGCAUUGGUUCCUGA